AUGAAUUAUACCCGAUCUUAUCACACAACAUCCAUAUUAACAAAUGGAAAAGUGUUAGUUACUGGUGGAGAUAAUGGUCUCAUUUUAAAUAGUGCUGAAGUAUAUGAUCCAUCAACAGGAAUAUGGACAAUCACUGGUAAUAUGAACUAUACUCGAUAUUAUCACACAGCAUCCGUAUUAAUAAAUGGAAAAGUGUUAGUUAUUGGUGGAUAUAAUAUUGUCUUUUUAAAUAGUGCUGAGAUAUAUCAUCCAUCAACAGGAAUGUGGACAUUCACUGGUAAUAUGAAUUAUGUUCGAUAUGCACACACAGAAUCGAUAUUAACAAAUGGAACCGUGUUAAUUACUGGUGGAUAUAAUGGUGCCUUUUUAAAUAGUGCUGAGUUGUAUGAUCCAUUAACAGGAGUAUGGGCAAUCACUGGUAAUAUGAAUUAUGCUCGAGAUAUACACACAGCAACCAUAUUAAGAAAUGGAAAAGUAUUAAUUACUCGUGGAUAUGGAUGUGGGUGUGGACGUGGAUUUUGGUUCGAAUUAAUGUGGAAAGCUACAUUAGAUACGACGUAA